CUGAAGAAGGGUUUGUUUUCACCGAGAGGAGGAAGAGGAGGAAGAAGAAGAAACCUCGCUGUGUUUCUCUGCUGCAGCACCAGUUUUUAAACAAACGGUUGUAACAUUUAUUUUAUAUAUCUGGUUUGGUUGUCGGACAGCAGCUGUCUCAGCUCGCCAUGGCUCUGUGUGGAGGUGUCGGAGCCAUGGCUUUACCCAGCGAGCUCAUCGUCCACAUAUUCUCCUUCCUCUCCGACCGAGACAAGCUCCGGGCCUCGGCCGUGUGUUCCCGCUGGAGGGAGUGUCUCUUCUACCCGGCGCUGUGGACCGAGCUCAAGCUGCGGAUAGGCGGCGGUGGUGGUAACGGUGGAGGUGGCUCCGGAGAGACCCCGAGGCUGGAGUUCCUCAUGCGGAAGUUUGGCUCCUUCGUGCGGGAGCUGCAGCUGGAGCUCGCCCCAGUGGAAGGCUACCUGAGUCCGCUGAACAACGAGCCGUCCUCCACCUCCACCUCCACCAGCAGCACCACCUCCAGCAGCAGCAGCAGGAUGGAGCAGCCCGACAGCGACCCGCAGCUCUCCGAGCGAUGGAGAGACGCCAUGGCAACCUACCUGGACCAGGUGUUGUGUGUGUUCUCCAGCAUCCGCAACAACAGAAACCUGCGGAAGCUGAGUCUGUAUGGAGACACCUGCGUUCUCCAGCAGGAGGGCCUACUGGACAGCUCCAACCUGCACCAGAUUCACCAGGGGGACAAAAAAAUCAAUGAAAUCCAGCAGUUGUUCAUGGAGGUGUUGUCUAACAGCAGGCAGCUGAGAUGGUUGUCCUGUAGCUUCAUGCUGGGCCUAGUGACUCCCUGCUCCUUAGCCUGCCUGUCAAAUCCUUCAGCUGAGACCCUGCAGCACCUCAGUUUACUGGACCACCAGCUGGGUCCCCUCAUCUCGCCAUCAGAGAUGGAUCGUCUAUCUAAUCUUCAUUCUCUGGCUCUGGAUUUCUCUGAUUUGACAUCUGAGCUUUGUGGUCUGCUUGCAUCUCCACGCCGAACUCCACUGCAUCGCCUCUCCCUGCUGCUCAACGGCGCCGCCCUGGAGUUCAAACCAUUAGAAGGGACUGCUUCAGAGGAUGACUGGAAGGCACUGAUUCGUGUGAGUGCCAACCUGCGAGUGUACAUCAUGGCCCUGGAGGUCGACAGCUCGGAGCUCCUCAGGGUCCUAAAGCCUAGCCUUCCUCUUGAGCGCCUGCAUCUCGACAGUUACGGCACACUGGUGACCGACGCCACGUUGGAGCUCAUCUCUCAGCAGUACAACAAAACGCUGACUCACUUCCUGCUCCUGAGGGAUGACCCCGACUUCCCUGACCUCAGCAUCAAUCGGAACGAAGACCCAUUGGUCCUCCUGGCAUGGAGAUGUACUCAGCUGGCUGUUCUGGUGAUUCAUGGUUACACUGUUUGGUCCCAUAAUUUGGUGGCCAUCUCUCGUCUGCGAGGCUCCAGCCUCCGCGUCCUGACCGUCUCAGAGGAGAGCAUCGACUUCGAUCCGGACCAGUCGGUGUGCAUGGAGGGCGACCCGGUCCACAACCUGGUCAAGGAGGUUUCCCUGGGCCUCGGCCGUGUCUGGCACCCUUGCCUGGAUUCCAGCCUGGUUCUGUCCGAACCCACCCAGCACUUCCACCGCGAGCUGCACACCUUCAGCAUGGGCAUGUAAGGCAGGGAUGGCAAGUCCAACACGUCACAGCCUAAAGUGUGUCAAGACCAGGCCAGACCAACCAAAAGUCAACUCAGACAGCUGAACCAGGCAAAAUGCAGACCUAAGUGAGAAAUCUGAACUGAGAUCUUAAAAACAAUCCGUGAAACACAUUUAUAUGAACUGAUGUGAGCUGAUUGUUUUUAUUUUACUUUUAUUUUUUGGGGUUUCUCUCGCAGGGGUUUUAGCACACAAUCAAGUCCUAACAUUUUCCAAAUGAUUCCCCGUUUUCUUGCUUUGCCUCUUGAUUAUCUAGUUAGCCAGUGACUUGGAAAAACAGAUUCAAUCUUUGAUGUUUUAAAUACAUUUUCCAAUUGAGAAUAUCCCUUUUUAAAACUAGAUAUUCUAAUUAAAACUUGACAUUCAUUCAGUUUGAAGUCAUACCAAUCUGUAGUCCCAAGACUUGAGUCAUGACCAUUUUUUUAUUCGUCUGCUAAAAUGGGUGACACCGCUGCUUCAAAAGCCCUCCUGUCUGGCAUGGCCCAGUCUGGUCUGGUCUUGAUCGACAUGUAUUCAGAGCUCGAUGUCUCUCUUUCACCUUAAUAACCUCCAGAGCCUCUGUAUGACGUAACUCUGAUUUAUUUUUAUUUUUUUCUUUGACUGAUUUUCAUCUCUCCCUGCUCUGUGUAUAAUCUUGUUUUUCCUGUGUGGUGGUUCCCUUGCCUGUAUAGGCGUUGUGUGUAUUUAAAUAAAUACAGAUGUAUUAUUAUCCUGCUCACAGCUAGAACAGGACAGGCAGGCGGGUUGAGUGAUGGACCAGUGGGGUUUAAGAGGGGGGGGGGCGGGGGGGAUGCUUUAGUUGUGAACAUAUUUUUCUUUUCUUUCUGUUUUAAUUUUUAAACCUUUGCUCUUUGUCGGUCUGUCUGUCUCCUCCACUCAAGCAAACGUUGGAGUUUGUAAACUAACCAAUCAAUCACUUCCUGGGUAACACAACCAUAGCUGCUUUUUCUGUUGCUCUGAAAGAGCACUUUGUGCACAUGUCCAUUAGUUCGAGAGCCUUGGCGGCAGGGUGGGAAUCUCCACUGUAGUGUGGCUGACUGUGGCAGGUGCUAAUCUGUUUUAAUGCUGUUUUCAGCAGUGCUAUGAUUCAGAUUUAUGAUCAUUUGUAAAUGGUUUUAUUAAGGGUUUUUGAGCCCCUUACCGAUGGUGUUAUGGAGAAUAUUGUUACACGCUUGCAGCCAACACACUUCCCGCCCUGCUCGCUUGUCGACUUUUCGAGAAACCUCGCUAGUCGAUUUAAAUAGGGAGCCUCGUCUUCCGACCGACAGUCAGAGUCGAACUAUAGCGUUCAGCCCGUCACAAUACAACAUACCCCUGCUCUGUUCUAUCUUGAUCUUUAGUGAGCUUGUAGUAAAUCUUCUCUGCACCUUUGUUAUAUAUUCAGGAUGAAUAUGUGGCCGUACACAUGCUGCAUUUUUUUGCGCCCUCAAAUCAAUUGUUGUCAAUGUAGACGCACUCGAACACAAGAGCGAGGCCAUCGCGACGCACAAGCAUUCCCAGGCGCCUAUUUUUCAAGGCGCAGAAUAUACACAGUUCAGCUUUUGGAACACUGCACCGCAUGUCAUGUGACCAAGAAUAAGGAAUCACAGCCGGCAGAUAUCUUUUCUUUGCUUCCGUAAAUAUCAGUCUACAUUAAAUAUAUGGAGGAGGAAUUAAUCAUUUUAGAGCUUUAUGAUCUGUCCCACGGACUGUUUUACUUGCUUCACCCUUUCCGUCCGAUGACAUCACAACAUCAGGUUGAAAGGUCAGCUAGACUGACACAGGGAAAUCGAGCAGUAAAGCUACUGUGAGGGCUUGACGAUGCUGGAAAAUCCAUUUAUCUUUGUUUUGACUGAGUUUAGUUCAGAGGCUUUUACUGCUAAAUUAUCGCAACUUCAUUAUCGUCAUUGCAGCGCACAGAUUUUGGUUGCUUAGUAACAGCAAGAGUGCAACCUCCAAAGCACCUUGGUUAAAGGAUGAAAGUGGCACGGCUGGCAUUUUCCAUGUGUUUUGAUGCGGCAUGUGUACGGCCCCUAUAGUUGCCUUUGCUCUCCUUUUUAGAGGUCAUGACUUUCUGACUCACUGGUUCCAGAGCCCUUUUGAAUUGAAAAUAUCAAAUUAUGAAGUCAAUGAAAAGGAGUGUGUGUCAUAAUAUGAAGGGCUCUGA